AUGGAUUCUUCUUCCUUCCCUUUCACCUCAGUAUCCAUAAAUGAGAGCUAUAACGACAAUUUUGUGCUAUUCCUCUUUAAACUAUGCGGGUGCGGAGACAAUGGUACUGUUAUAGACAUUGCCAACGUCGAUUCCGAGAUCACACACGAACAAACUUAUGACCAGGACGGAGCUCAAAGGUCUUUUAUACCAAAGGAGUCAUUCUUCUCUGAGGUUUUAGAUGGUCCAUUUUCGAUAUGGAAGUCAGAUGGGAAUACGAGAUGCAGCAAAGUCUUUUUGAGACUGGGAAAUAACGUCCGCAGACUCACUCUCAACGUAAGUGUCGCAGGUAGUGGGUCGAGCAUAAAGUACUUUGAAGAGAAGAAGGACGAAGAAUGGAAAUCUGUUCCCUGUUUUGUGGCGGGUGACUUGCCACCGGUUAAUGCAAAACCAGUGGACAUCCAAAAGCUUGAAGCCUCCUCUUCUUGCAUUCGCGUUGACUGA